UUCUCUUUUUUUUCAUCAAAUAGGAUGGAUGCAAAUACUUCCGAGCAGCAGCCACAGAAUCCAAGUGAGGCAGCAGAGGCAUCAGUUCCAUUAGAUGUGUUACCUGAUGAUGAUGAGAGACUAUAUCCUGAGUUUGUUGGCAAUUUGCCACAAUUCGAAGAAACAGAUGAGGAGGAGGAGGAGGAGAAUAAUGACAUGGCUGUGAAUGGGGAUGAUGAGGAUGUAGAUGACUUCCCGAUGAUUGAAUAUGACAAAGAGAAUCCUUCUCUUGAAGAGGGCAGUGUAUUUCCAUCAAUGGUUGCUUUACGGAAUGCACUUGCUACCUACUGUCUUAAGAAUGAAUAUGAUUACGAAAUCGACAAGAGUGAGCCAAGAAGAUUAACUAUGCAUUGUGUCUUCAAGAGG